UUCGACUUUCCUUCGUCCUCGCCACACAAAACCCUAGAACUCCACCGUCGCCACCCGACCUCGCUCGAUUUCUCCUCGAGCUCUACAGCAUGGCGUUCGACAGGAACGGAUCGGCGGCGCCGGCGAAGCCGAGCAAGCUCCGGUGGGGGGAGCUCGACGAGGACGACGGCGAGGAUCUGGACUUCCUGCUGCCGCCCCGCCAGGUGGUCGGCCCCGACGAGAACGGGAUCAAGAAGGUGAUCGAGUACAAGUUCAACGAGGACGGAAACAAGGUGAAGAUCACCACCACCACCCGGGUCAGGAAGCUCGCCAAGGCUCGGCUCAGCAAGAGCGCGGUGGAGCGCCGGAAUUGGGCGAAGUUCGGGGACGCCGUCCACGAGGACGUCGGUGCCCGAUUGACGAUGGUGUCCACCGAGGAGAUACUGCUCGAGAGGCCUAGGGCUCCUGGUACUAAAGCUGAAGAAUCAAAGGUAGCUGGGGAUAACUUGGCUCAGCUUGGGAAAGGAGGUGCUGUUCUCAUGGUUUGCAGGACUUGCGGUAAGAAGGGUGAUCAUUGGACAUCGAGAUGUCCGUACAAGGACCUUGCUCAACCAGUUGAGACUUUUGUUGACAAGCCUGCGACAGCAGAGACAACAAGCACUAAGGGAGCUUAUGUGCCUCCGAGCAUGAGAGCAGGGGCAGAGAGAACCGGGACGGAGAUGAGGCGUAGGAAUGAAGAGAACUCUGUCCGUGUAACUAAUUUGUCGGAGGACACUCGGGAGCCCGAUCUGCUUGAACUGUUCCGCACAUUUGGCCCAGUUAGUCGUGUGUAUGUUGCGAUUGAUCAGAAGACAGGUUUGAGCAGAGGUUUCGGUUUUGUCAACUUCGUAAACAAAGAGGAUGCUGAGAGGGCCAUCAAUAAGCUCAACGGAUAUGGCUAUGAUAACCUCAUCCUUCGUGUUGAAUGGGCGACGCCCAGAGCAAACUAAAAGGAAAUAGUGCUGCCCUAGUUGACCCACAAGCACUGCCGGUGUGUCCGAACUCUUUCUUCUUUGGUUGUAUUGAAGAAUUUAUGGUAUUUUAAAGUUAAUGUUUCCAUUCUCUACUCUCUCGAGGAACUUGUUGCAAAUAUUGUUAGGGGAGUGGGAACUGAAUUUUGUAUUGCAAUAUUAAAAUUACCCUGCCGCUUAGGUAAUGAUCAAUUUCAAUCUCAUUCAAGGUUAA